AUGGCGUCGCCCACCUCCGUCCUGUCUAAGACGCUCCAAAGCAUCACCCUCAGUAAGAUCCGCGAGCUCGAGUCCCGCCGCAAGUCAUAUGAAAACCACAAGCGCGAGCAUCUUGACAAAGUCGACGCCGCCUCGGAUGCGAGGGACCGCCUAUCUCUUCUCCUCGGCGCCGUCAAGGCGCUCUAUCCUCCUGCCGUCAACGACACCAAUCUCGACAACAUUCGCCGCUGGCUAGACCAGUCACGCUACGAUGCUUCCGUCCCAGUUUCCAAGCUAGAUGAGUUCAGCGGCCAGCUUCGUGCCAAACUCGAUAUCCAAAGCCGCAAGCUUGACAUGGCGCAUCUGUAUUCAAGGCUUUUGACCGAAUGGAUGGACCAACCCGUUGUCGAGUCACAGUCGGCGGCGACAGACGAUGUGGAUGGCGAUUCGUUUGAGCUUGUUGCAGAACGCCAGCGCCAGCGGCUCAGCGAGCUCGUCGACAAGUUCGAAUCGGUUGUGUUCCAGCCACUCGAGACAGACGAGUCGGAAAUGCACCGCUUCAUCGACCGCACGUUACCAAGUGAAGAGGACCAGAAACGGCUGAAAUCAUUGCGCGAAAAAGUUGGCACGGCGGGUGCCGACUUCAUGCACGAGACCACCCCCUUCACGAAGGAAUCCUUGACCAGCUGCAUCAAGGGGCUUCUGACAGAGGACAUUCUCAGCGAUGAGAAACAAGCCAUCCUGCGCGACUUUUUGGACAACGACAUUGCCAAGUCCGAGAUUGCCGACGUGCUGAACAUGCGCUUCUCCGAUUUGAAACAUUGGCAGUGGGACGCCGGUGAGGAGGGCAUCCGCGUGAUGCCGCGCCGUGGCCUCAACGGUAAAUACCGUGUGUGGGCGGACGACGACAUCCUGCAGAUGAUCUUUGUCCAGCACAUUGGUAUCCGUCUAUGCAACAUGAUCAAGCCACUGCUGAAAGAUUUCAUGGAUACCAUGUACUCGCGGGACCGAGAUGGCAACAUAGAGCCUGGUCAGGCAGACCGAGAUCGGUAUGCCUUCUUCAGUGGGUCGAUCAUCCAGAACAGCGUGUCCAAUGUCAGAUCGCAACGCGUAUCCGACUACUUUGACAAGUUCUUCCUCUCCCAGCUGCCCACCACCGAGACCUCUCUUUUCGACGGAGACAACAACUACGACGACGACGACGAUAACAGCACGACGAGCAGUUAUGAUGGGCGUGGCGGGGGUGAAGACGCGACCGCAUCGCCGCAGAAACGUUCCGGCAUCAAACAGCAGCUCCUACGCCAACUCACCGCCGAGCUAGCAGUUCACCAGCUCCGGGGCAUCACAUACGACAACAAGACGCAGCCCGGAGGCGCCGUCGCGCUAGUCCAGACAGACCUGCAGUGGUUCGCCACAGGGCUCCCGCAUAGCACAGUCUUCGCAGCCAUGCGCUACCUCGGCUUCGGCGAGGACUGGAUCGCCUUUUUCAAGACUUAUCUCGAGUCGCCGCUCAACCUCGACAGGGCCUCAGACGAUCGCCCACAGCUCGGCCCACGUAUCCGCAAGCGUGGGGUGCCUAUGGCACACUCCUCGGAGAAGUUGACUGGGGAGAUCGUGCUUUUCUUGCUGGACUUUGUCGUCAACCGGCAGACCGGCAUCUUUCUGUACCGACUACACGACGAUAUCUGGUUGGUCGGCGAGCCCAGCCGGGCUGCCCAGGCCUGGGACUGCAUGCAGUCUUUUGCCCGCGUCUUCGGGCUUGACUUCAACAGGGCCAAAACCGGUUCUGUCUACCUACCCGGUGCUUCGCCGCGGAAUCUUAGCAUCGUCAACAUCCUGCCAGCCGGGCCAGUGAGGAUCGGCUUCCUGUGUCUCGACCCAAAGACCGGGAAGUGGGGGAUUGAUCAGAAGCUAGUCAUGGCGCACGUUGACCAGCUGAAAACGCAGCUCGCUGAGUCCAAAAGUGUGCUCUCAUGGGUCCAGACGUGGAAUAGCUGCAUGGGACGCUUCUUCAGUCAUACGUUUGGCGAACCGGCGCACUGUUUUGGCCGUGAGCAUGUCAAUGACGUUCUGGAUACGUACCAAAGCAUUCUGGAUAGGCUGUUUCCUGUCUCGGACGGCAAAGAAACAGGCGUCGUUGAGUAUGUCAAACAAAUGAUACAGGACCGCUUCGGGGUCUCCAACCUGCCCGAUGCCUUCAUCCAUCUCCCCGAACAGCUCGGCGGUCUGGGCCUCCGCAACCCCUUUGUCGGACUAUUUCUCGUCCGCAACAACAUCACCCAAAGCCCCAAAGACAUACUCGAUGAGUUCCUCGACGACGAGCGAACUCGGUAUCUCGCCGCCAAGGCUUUCUUCGAAAAGACAAGCAAAGCCGACCUAAGUGAACGUCUCUCCAGAAUCAUUCGCCGCAGCACCGGCGUCUCCCCCGAUCAGACCGUCAUAGAUGCCUACACGGGCGAGUUUUUCUCGCUAGAAGAGUAUUCGCGUUUCCGCGAGUCGACAAGCGGCGCGUUCAUGGUUACCUUCAACAAGCUCAUCGUCGUGCCCGACCGGGAGGAGAUUGCGCUGAGCAAGGAAGUCGAGAGCGCGCUGAGGGCAUUUUUAUCCGCUGACAGUGUGCGCCUCGACGCGGAGAAGAAGUGGUUCUUGCAGCUGUAUGCCAAGGACCUCCUGGCGGACUUUGACGGGCUGAACCUAGUGGAUAAGCAGUUCUUGCCAGUUGGAGUGCUGGCGAUGAUGAGGGGGAAGAAGGUGAGCUGGAACAUGGUUAUCUAG